AUCGUGUUCGUGUAUGUGUUCGGCAGACAUUUCACAUUGAAAGCGUUGAAUAGUAAAAAGAAGUUGAUGCUCUAUGUGCUCUCUGUGAAAAAAACAUUUUUUAUUAUUUCUCGGUUUAAGGUGGAAUUUAAUAAAAACGCGUUAUAGUUAUACGGUGCUUGUGAUUUCCUCAACAAUUCUAUGCCAUUUUAAUUUGUUGAUGGUGUCGGAUCGGCCAGAAAAAUUGUGAUUUUACUGGGGAUGCAUGAAAAAUGAAUGAAGCCGGUUCAGCAGGAGGGGGGCAAAAAGGGCAUGUCUCUGCCCCUCCUGCUGUGUUUUCUGACCGCAGAUCAAACUACAGCGAAACCACACAGAUGUCCAACGUUGGAUCUGCGGUGCCUGCCACACAAAUGUCACAGAUUGGUAGCGUUGAAAAAAUUAACCCAUCCGAUCAGAACUCUAUGCAAACGGCAGCAGCAUCCAGAACAUCGGCACAUUACGAAUCUGGUGAUAAUCCGGGCCGUCAGAAUAUUAAAUCGGUCGAAACGGUACAACAAAAUAGUGCAUUAGUUAAAAGCGGUAUUAGCAUCGGUGGAGGAGGUGGUGGCUGCUUAACACGAACACAAAGUGCGGUCACCAGUACGAGUGGUAGCAGUAUUGUCUCAAGCAACAGUCAUUUAGUCACAACAACGUCAACAUCAUCAUCAUCAUCACUGUCGAGUCAGUCGGCUGAUUUGAAUUUAUCGCCGCCUAAGAAACGUGUUAAAAUAUCCGAUGACAGUGACAUUAUUAAUGACGCGGUGGCAUUAGAGAAAGCCAUUUUAGAGUACAACUUUACGAAGUUAAAGAAUAUAAAAUACAGGCACUCUGAGUAUGUUGCUGAACUGUUUUUUCUGCAAAACAAUGGAAAUAUGAUGGAAUAUCCGACGUGGAGAAAGAAGUCGAACACACAGCAACAAUUUAUACAUUUUAUGAAAUCUCAUCGCUUGGAACCGCCUCCGUUGGAGGAAAGUGACCAAAGCAGUCGUCCGCCGCAACAAACAAUCUUGCCUCAUGGAGCUGAAAUUAAAAUUCCCGGCGUUGGUGCGACACCGGUAGCGGUAUCGACAACGUUACCAGCUGCAGUUGUUCAACUCAGCCAGCAAGGUGGAACUCCAUUAGUGCCCGAUGUGGCGUCAACCGAUAAACGUAAAAUGGCGUUGCCAGUCAGCGCUCAAUCCCCAUCACAAGAACAAUUCUCGGUCAAGGCCCGCCAAGAAGUCUAUGUGUUGCAACGAGUAUCCGAGCUUCAGCGUGAAGGACUAUGGAUGGAAAAACGACUGCCUAAAGUACAGGAACCACAACGGCCGAAAGCUCAUUGGGACUAUUUACUGGAAGAGAUGGCCUGGAUGGCCACCGAUUUUGCGCAAGAACGAAAAUGGAAAAAAGCGGCAGCCAAAAAGUGUGCUCGAAUGGUACAAAAACAUUUCCAAGAAAAGGCAUUGGCCGCCCAGAAAGCCGAAAAAGCGCAGGAGAUGCAACUGAAGCGUAUAGCCAGUUUUAUUGCAAAAGAAAUUAAAAUAUUUUGGUCGGAUGUCGAGAAGCUGGUCGCAUUCAAGCAACAACAGAAAAUCGAACUGAAAAAGAAGAUCGCGAUGGACCAGCAGCUGAGCUACAUUGUUAGUCAAUCGGAAAAGCUUUCCAUAAAAAUUGUUGAGGGGUUGAACAGAACAGCCAACGAUGCUAGUGCAGCAGCUAGUCUAAAUUCAAGUCGAAUAUCAUCGCCGAAACCAAAUACCGCCUCAGACGAUGAAUUUGAACCGGAUAAUGUGUCCGACGAUGAUGAGGAAACGAUUUCAAAGGCCGAAUUGGAAGACGUAGAAAAUGUGGACGAUGAGGUGGCCGCAUUGCAAAAAGAAUCCGAAAUGGAAUUGGAUGCGUUCAUAAGUGGUCUACCAAAAGACUAUCUGCAGAAUCGUGAUAAAAUCGUUCUCAGCGACGAUGACGAACAAUCGGAUGAACAGUCCGAUGAAGAAUUCAAAGCAACCGGCGAUAGUGAUGACGAUGAGGAUACAAUUAUCGAACAAGAACAAAAUGAGAACAAAGACGAUCACCAAAUGGAAAUCGACGAACUGAAUGCUGAAAAUAAUCUGACAAUAGAUGAACUAAUGGCAAAAUAUAAAUCAGCUCCAAAGUCGUCGAGAAUGGACAUUGAUUCCGAUGAUGAUUCCACUGACAACGAAAGUUCUGAGGAGUCCAAUCAAUCCGAUGACGACGAAGACGUCGAAAAAUCGGACAAAGAAGACACUUUGAACGAAAGUUUCGGUCUGAAGAGUCUAUUGGAGGAAGAUUCGAAUAAGCUAUCACAGGCCGACAAAGAUGAUCUAAUCAACGAUGCCGCCGCAAUUGCUGAAAGAAUCCAGCCCAAGGGGAAUACACUGUCGUCAACAAAUGUCAUCACACCGGUGCCAGUUUUGCUGAAGCAUACGCUGAGAGAGUAUCAGCACAUCGGCUUGGAUUGGCUGGUGACGAUGCACGAUCAGAAACUGAAUGGCAUCCUGGCAGACGAAAUGGGUCUGGGCAAAACCAUCCAAACAAUUUCGCUACUGGCCCAUUUGGCAUGCGUCAAAGGUAAUUGGGGUCCGCAUCUGAUUGUCGUGCCGUCAUCGGUGAUGUUGAAUUGGGAAAUGGAAUUCAAGAAAUGGUGUCCCGGAUUCAAAAUUCUCACGUAUUAUGGGACGCAAAAGGAACGGAAACAGAAACGUAUUGGCUGGACCAAAGUCAACGCAUUUCACAUAUGUAUCACAUCGUACAAAUUAGUCAUUCAAGACCAUCAAAGUUUUCGACGGAAGAAGUGGAAGUAUUUGAUAUUGGAUGAGGCGCAAAACAUUAAAAAUUUCAAGUCACAACGAUGGCAGUUGCUGUUGAACUUCUCCACUGAACAGCGCUUGCUGUUAACCGGUACACCGUUACAAAACAAUUUGAUGGAGCUGUGGUCACUCAUGCACUUCCUUAUGCCGCACGUGUUCCAAUCUCAUCGAGAAUUCAAAGAGUGGUUCUCCAAUCCAAUGACUGGCAUGAUCGAAGGCAACACCGAGUACAAUAACUCAAUCAUACAACGGCUGCACAAGGUGUUGCGACCAUUUCUGCUGCGUCGACUGAAAUCGGAGGUGGAAAAGCAAAUGCCGAAAAAGUAUGAGCACGUUGUGAUGUGUCGUUUGUCGAACCGACAGCGAUAUCUGUACGAUGAUUUUAUGAGUAGAGCAAAGACCAAAGAAACGCUGGCAUCCGGAAAUCUGUUGAGUGUGAUAAAUGUGUUGAUGCAGCUGCGAAAAGUGUGCAACCAUCCCAAUAUGUUUGAGGUGCGUCCAACUAUUUCACCGUUUCGCAUGGAUGGGCUGAGCCUACGAACUACAUCCUUAGUUGCCAACAUGUUGGACUAUGAUCCAUUCAAUCAAAUCGACUUGAAUGCUUUCAAUCUCGUACUCGUACAAUUAGAAAUGUGUUUGACCGCCUACGUGGCGUAUCGGAUCAAACGGCUACAGACACCGAAAAGAUUAAUCGAAGAAAUCGAUUCGUCGUCGGAUCCUCCGCCACAACCACCAUCGAUUUCGUUUAAAAUGCAUCUGUCGUUGCUCGCAAAUGGCAUGCAGAAAGGCACAGCGAACUCAAAUUGCGUUAAAGUUGGCACCAGUCCAGCUAUGAAGACUGAACGAACGAAAAGUGUUCCACAAUCAUCUAGUUUAGUAAAUACAAAGUCGAACCAUCCAAUUCCAGUAGCUGACAUCAUCAUUCCGCCGUUGACCACAUCCACACCGACGCAAUCACAAAAUAUGAGUUUGCGAAAGCGAUCGGAUAUACAGGACGUACAGUCACCACAAUCGAUAACUCCCGUUCGACGACAAGUUCUCUUAACACCGACCACCGGUCCGAAAUCGUCAACCAUUCUGACUACAUCGAGUGGUCAGCGAUUGACUUUCGUUAAAAGUUCAACGCCGCAACGACCGCAUGGAGCUAUUUUAACCAACAGCAACCGGGUUGUUCCACAACAAUCGCUCAGCACAUCGCUGGGUCAACAGUUCAAACAGCCCUACACUCAAAGUGCCAGCAAAUCGUCACCGAUUCUGCCGGACGAACAAAGUGAAUUCCUAAUCGUCGAAUCUGAAGCGUUGCGCAAAGAGAGACGCGUUCAAAAGUUGCAGCUACUGUCCAAACUGAAUGGACGGAAGUGUGACGUAUCGCCAGUAUACGGCAAUGAUCUCAGAGAAACAAUGUUUCAAUUGUGUAAGAUGUGCGAAAAUGCCGAGAAUAUACCGUGGAAUUCCCGCGGCUAUGUGCACUGUCAGCAUGCCGUGCUGAAGCGUGAUUCAUGGAGUCUAACCGCUGCCAUUAAAUCGUUUGAGCAACGAACCGAUGAGAUGCGAUCGCUGUUCGGUAAUUUUGUGAUUUUCGUGCCGGCCGUUUCGGCGCCGGAACCGUGUUUGACGAUAACGCAUCCUAGUCCGUGGAAGAUAAACGAACAAUUGACUAGAGAACGGAUUAUCCGGACUGAAAUGUCACCGAAAUUAGCUCUGCUGCAUCCGAUCAUUUCAGCUAUGAGUACCCAGUUUCCCGAUCCGCGACUCAUUCAAUACGACUGUGGUAAAUUGCAAACAUUGGACCGCCUGUUACGACAGUUAAAAUCUGAAAGUCAUCGCGUUCUCAUAUUCACGCAAAUGACAAGGAUGCUGGAUGUAUUGGAAGCUUUUCUGAAUUAUCACGGUCACAUCUAUCUGCGGCUGGACGGUACGACACGUAUUGAACAACGGCAGGUCUUGAUGGACCGAUUCAACAACGACAAACGCAUUUUCGUAUUCAUUCUGUCGACCCGAUCGGGCGGCGUUGGUGUUAAUUUAACUGGUGCUGAUACUGUGAUAUUUUACGAUUCCGAUUGGAAUCCGACGAUGGAUGCCCAGGCUCAGGAUCGAUGUCAUCGAAUCGGCCAGACGCGCGAUGUGCAUAUUUAUCGGUUGGUUAGUGAGAAAACCAUCGAAGAAAACAUUUUGAAGAAGGCGAACCAGAAACGAUUGCUUGGUGAUCUGGCUAUUGAGGGUGGCAAUUUUACGACCGCUUACUUCAAGGGAUCAACGAUUCAGGAUUUGUUUUCGGUCGACAACAAUGAUGAAGACGCUUCGUCACGAUUGGCCGAAGUGCUGGAUCGAGACCGUGAUCGACGGCAUAGAUUGCAAGAGAAUUUGGCAACAACAUCCAAUGGGAGUGCUGACGAGAAAUCGGCAAUCGGUGCACUGGAGUCUGCAUUGGCUGCCGCUGAAGAUGAACAGGAUGUUGAAGCCACUAAAAUAGCUAGUGCAGAAGUUGCAGCUGAUUUGGUAGAAUUCGAUGAGAGCAUUCCGAUUGAAGAAGGCGAUACGAGCAAAGUGGUAGAAAUGAGCAAGGCUGAACAAGAAGUGGAGAAUAUGCUAAGUCCAAUCGAACGGUACGCAAUGCGCUUCGUAGAGGAGACUGGUGGUUUGUGGACUGAACAAUUGCGCUCCGCUGAGGCCGAGAUUGAACAGCAAAGGCGUGAAUGGGAGGCGAAUCGGCUGGCUGCACUCCGCAAAGAAGAAGAAGAAGCAAAGCGAGCCGAAGAGGAGGAAAAUCAACUGUUAACAUACUCCGGCGUGGAUGCUAGAAAUCAGAUUUGGAUAAGCGACAAUACCAUGGAAGAAAUGCCGCUAUGGGGUCCACCAACGCCACCACAGGACGACAAUGACAUAUACAUCGAUUAUUCUCUCCUAUUUCUGUACGAACCCACUCCUAUGACGGAAUCGGAGCUACCUCCGGUCUAUGUGAAAAAGGAGUUCAAACGCAGCCGUGUCGACGCUGGCUUCUUCAUUGACAAUCGUCGGCCACUUAAAAUGCGCAAAGAAGACAAUUACAAUCCUCCACGAUCCUUGUUCGAUAAACCGAGUCCAGCACUGGCUAAAUUGAGGAAAGACUUGAAACUGCAACGGUACAGAGGCAUUUUCAAGACUCCACUGCAGAUUCCCGCUCUAAAGCAGCAAGUCCCACUGAAACCGUUAGUAGAGCCCGAAGGUAUGGUGGAUUGGAUCAUUCACGAGGACAUUGAGUUGUUGAACGUUAUUCAACAGUUGCAAGGGCUGCCAUUAAAUUUAAUGUUGUUAUCGCCUGGACACACUCCGAAUUGGGACUUGGUGGCUGAUAUCAUAAAUCAAACAUCUAGAGUGUAUCGCACCGCGAAGCAUUGCCGGUAUCGCUAUGAGGCUGUUAUCGUUCCUCGAGAAGAGGGAAAACUAAUCGAAUCUCCGAAGAAGCAAAAGAAAACGAAGAAUCCGCUAAAGACAUCCACCAAGAAUCUGCGUACGUCGCAACUUUACGCCAACGACAAAAACAGUUCGUUCUCAAAAUUGCUUAAAGUUAAAUACGACAACAUCAAAACAGCGUACUUGAAGAGGGGACCCCAACUAAAGCGAAUGCUGGUGAAUCCAACGCUAAGGAAUCCAAAGCAUACAAGCAUUCUAAACGAUUUUGGUGUCAUAAAUUACGAUAGUCCGAUUACGCCGCAAGAAAUAGCAGUUCGACGUGUGGAAAAGCUAAAGGAAAAACAGAGGAGCGCAAUGCCCAAUUCGGUACCGGAUCUGGUACAACAACAAUCUAUACAAACAGCGACACUCCCGUCGCAAAUCAUAGCGACCCAAUCGCCUACAGCGAUCAUAGUACAACAACAAGCUUCUUCGCAACAAAGUCAACAACAGCAACCACAAUUACAACCGAUACCAUCGAAUGUUCAGUCUGUCACAACGUUGGUACAGUCUCAGCAAAUACAAUCGCAACGUACCUCCAUCAACAUACAGCAUCAACAAUCUCCGCAAAUAGUGAAAGCGAUUGUUGCCUCUCCUCAACAGCCAUCGUUGAUUGCAAGUACCGUACAACAUAUUCCAAUUAGCCAAGCGCAACAAAUCCAACACGUACAGGCCAUUCAGCAACAACAGCAGCAGCAACAGGCGCAGCAAAACAUUGUAUCUCAGUCACCCGUGUCGGUUGUACUUACUACACCGAUUUCCGUCAUGACAUCUGUACCUCAACAAAUGCAGCCGCAAAUCGUUUCCAUUCAACAAAGUGUUAUACCCAGCAGUACAGCGAUCAUAAGCCAAUCAACUGGUACGAUAGUGCAGUCCGUUACACCACAACAGCAAACCGGUCAGGUCGUUUCUGUUUCACAAUUGGCUGGAGUCGGUACUGUUUUCACCACAUCCUGUCUACCGACGAAUGCAACGGUGGCUACGUUAUCUACAUCUUCGUUACGCGGACAAAGAAUCGUCACGGCACCAGGAUUACAAGAAGUGGUUUUACAUCAACGUUCAAAUGCACAAAGUCCAACGGUUGUUUCGGUCAGCGGAAUAACUGGACAAGCGUUUACACAAGCACAACUCCAGGCAUCUCAAUUACGAUUAGCUGUUAGCGGUGGCCAGCAGGUGACUGGUGUUGUGACUAAAGGUAUUCCAGUCAAUUCGGUGACUGGCAAACCAAUCAAUCAAGGCACUCAGUCCAUAUUUUUCCGACCGCAAUUGCGACAACAACAACUGAAAGUUAUCCAUCCAGGACAAGCUGGUCAAAAUAUUGUUGGCCCAGCUGGUACAAUCAUAUCCGGAGGAAUUGUACAAACUGCAAGUGGUCAGACCGUUCAACUUCAGCAGCAGGUGGGGCAAAAGGUUACCGUUGCUACGGCAGGAACACCAGUUCAAAUGGCAACCGGUCAAACGAAGACGCAAUUCGUUAAACAAAUUGGUGGCAAACAAACGAUUACACGGCAAGCAACUGAAGCUGAAAUGUUAAUUGUGAAAAGGCAAUUGAUUGCGCAACCGCAACAGCAACAGCAGAAAACGCAGUUAAUUAAUCAGUCGCAGAUAUUCACACCAUCGAGCUUACAAAUCCAGCAAGCUGGUUCAAGUGGUCAACAACAAAUUGCUACGUUGGUGAAGACAUCUGUUGGUGGUGCUGGAACUGUCGGUAUGACAUUGUCACAAAUCAAACCUGGCCAACUGAAAGCAACGAUCCCGAGCCAAGGGUCAAUGCGACAAAUUCAAAUCCAACAGCCCGUGGCUAUUGGUCAGCAUCGAAAAACUGGCAAAAUGACGCAGAUUACUCAGGUGACGGCUAAGCCGGGUACUAGCGGUGGCAUACCAACACAAUUGAUUGUACAGAAUCCCAACAAGCUGGCAAACACAGUGACCGUUCAGCAAAUUCAACAAGUGAUACGACAACCAACUGGUCAAAUUGUAUUGGGCAAAGCGAGCGUCGGACGAGUCAUUCCAGUGACGAUGUCUUCACAAGCCCGUCAAAUACAGGUUGUCUCGUCGUCAGCUAUUGCUGGAAAUACUAUUCGAACACAUCCGACGCAAACGAGUAUGGGUACAACGCAUACGAUCAAAGUCGCACCGGGUACAACGCCUCAACAGACACAAGCGAUUUUCUCCGCUUUGCAUCAGGUGCAGCGACAGAAUGCUAGCCCAGUUCGCUUGCAACAAACCGCUUCCGGUUCUCUGGUUGCGUUAACGGUUCAACAACCACAAGGCGGAGGCAAUAUUGUUGUUUCGACUCAAAAUACUGGCACCGUUGAUGCAUCACCCUCAAAUGCCAUUGUACAAUCGGUGCAACACAUUCAACAACAGCAGCAGCAGCAGCAACAACAACAACAACAACAAUCAACACAGAAAAAACAAAAGCAAAAAUCUCUUUGCGUUUUGAUUGAUCCUCCGCAAGACAGAAUAUCCGCAACGGCAAAAAAAGACAAGAACUCAAUCAAAUUAAAAAAACUUUUCAAGAAAAGCCAAUAAAUGUCAGAGUAAAAUAUGGCAUGGGUUGCGUAUUGGAGGCGUGAAUGUUGUAGUACUUAAAGGAAAGAAAUUGCAACUUUCAGUCGGACUUCAGAAAUUAACUGAACAAUUGUUGCUUUGAAAGAAAU